AAUAAAAUCUUCGUGCUCGGUGCGGGGUUGUAUCAGGCCUGACAAGCAAAACAACAUAUCGGAGAUUUUAUAAACCUUCAAACAUGUGAAGUGUAAGCACUUAAUGAUGGCUACGGCCACUGCAUCGCGCAACUUCAAAUGGACUGAACAGCCCAGAGAUUUGUUCAAACAGUUUAGCUGCAAUAACAAACCAGCUCGAACUAUCAGACCAAACAGCAGCUUUCCGAAAAUAACACGAAGUCUUAGCUUCGGUUCUCCAACCUUUCCAAGGCGAAAACCGUCGCCUAUCAGACAUAAGUCAAAGUCUGUGCAUUUUGCCGACUCGAAAGGCCUCGAUCUUGUCUCCGUUUUGACUUUUAGCGAAGAAAAUGAACUCCGCGAACAAUUCUCAAAGAUUGUUUGUCCAUCUGUGGGAGGUCGGCAGAGACGCGGGCAUGAUUCGUACAGAAGUAAAAAGAGCAACGAUUCAAGAGUUGAUAAACUGUCGGAGAAUCUCAUCAGACAGCUAGCUUGGCAGAAAGUUUGCGUCGAGAAAACUGAGCUUGAAAAAACUGGCCACAUUCGGGGAGAAGUCUUUGUUGCGAAUCUCGCUUUUGAGAAGCAAGUUAAAGCCCGUUUUACUCUCGAUUCUUGGCAAACUCAUGACGAAAUUGAAGGGGAAUUUCUUUCAAAUUGCACCAAGGAUGUCGAUAGGUUUGUGUUUAAGAUUCCCAUCCCAAGAGACGAUGCAAUAAAGAAGUUUAAAGUUGAAUUUGCCGUGAGUUACACGGUGCUCGGGGAUACUUUCUGGGACAAUAACAACGGAUUUAAUUACCAUGUUUUGUUGCCAACACAUAAAUAGUAAUCUGAAUGAUGUGGAUAUAAUGUUUCAUGAUGUAAAUGUUAAGAAAUAGUUUAUAAAGUUAAAACCUCGACGAAGUCGUGAGAACAUUGAAUAAUGUAGCAAUUAACGUGGUUAUAUAAUAAUGUUAGUAAUUUGAAUUGCACAGGCUAGGUAUGUCUUUAUUACACUUGUAAGAUCAGUUAAAACCCGGUUUCCCAUUUUCACUAAUUGAGAAAUUUAAUCUGCUAACGGAGACAUUUCGGGCUGGUUUCCAUUUAAUCGUAUAAUUGUCGUGAACAUGUCAAGGCGGCUGAUGUGAAUAUUUCUGUGUGCGUGCUGUCCAACAAUGGCUGAUCUUUAAACAGAAAUAAAGACAAUUGCAUCCGGACUAUUAAUCAUCGGUGAAAAUGGCUUAUCACGACAAUUACGACGUCGUAUAUAGCCGUAGAUAAGAAAGACCUUAGUACUAAUUGUUCUGGUUGUAUGACUUGCUACUGCCCUAAAUUGCUUAAGUCAAUCACCGCUUGUAUAUAUAUAGACUUUUAUAGUAAAAUAAAUCAAUUAUGGAUGACUGGGCUGUAUGAAUAUCGU